AUGGAGCCUGAGCCACUUCAAGGUCAGGAAAGCGCACGGACGCUCCCCAUCAUCCUCACCACGGGCACUCCCCCACCUACACUUCCAUCCUUUCCCCGAGGAAAAAGGAGACAGGCCUCUGAGCAGCCCCGAGGGAGGGGGCGAAGGCGAACACCCCACAAAGUGCACCGAGGGCAGUUAUCUGCAGACACGACUUCGGGGGUGCACACACACAAAGAUCUCCAGAACGCAAACAAAAGCGAGCCCGUCGCCAGUUCGCAUUCCCCGAACCGCCGAGUCCGGCACAGCCCCGGGAGGGCCCCUCCCGGCGCUGCCCCGGAGGCCGCGGGGAACCGGGGUGGGGGAGAGCGGAGAAAUCGCCCCCUUUACCCCCCAGGCUCUGCCCCAGAGCAAUCGGGAGAGGCGAGGAAGCCCCCGGGGCUGUGCCGGGGGCCAAGGCGAUGCCGGGCCCCCGGUGCCCCGCUGGGCGGCGAGGCCGUCCCGGCCGCGGGAGUGGCACCGCCCGCAGCCGCCGGCGGAGGAGGGCUGGGGCUCUGGGUUCACCCUUUCCCCGUCCCCUCCCCUGCCCCCCGCGGGCACGGCAGCCAUGGCCCCUCGCCCGGCCUGCGGGGGCCCCGCCGUCUCUCUCCUGUGGAGCCUCGGCGCUGUCGAGCAGCUGCCAUUACUCGGGCCAAGACCCGUCCUCCAAGCAGGCAUCCCCCUCCCCAGCGAGGAAAUGCGGCGGCGGCGGGGGUGUGUGAGCGAAAGGAAAGCGGGGGAGAGUGGGGAGCAAAGCGGUGGCCCCGCGUGCGGGAGACAGCGGGGCCGGGGAGUGACGGGGCUGAGGCCGGGCUGCACCACACCCUGCCCGGCCUCGCCUCUCACGCGAGUCCCCGGCUCCCCCGCGCCCUGCAGGCCCGCGCGGAGCGCUGGAAGCGGCGAUUCUCUCCGGAGCGCCCCUCUCCCCACCCCACCUCCUCCCGUCCCGGCCCCGGGGCUGGCUGCAACUCGGCACGGGGGCGCGGGGGACCCGCCGCCGCCUCCCAGCCGAAAUUCGACCGGGGAAGGUCUGGACCCUCUCUUGUUGCAGAGGGAAAAUGUGGUGCUUAUCCAGCCUUGAUACAUGAAAAUUCCUCCUAUCAUGAAGUCCAACUUGGAGAAAUGACAGAUAAUGUUUUUGAAAAUAGAUGCUUACCUUGAGCAGCAGAAACCAAAACAUAGAGAAUCAACGGUCUGUCUCAGAGUUGUCAAUAUGUCGUGAGCUGUAGAUCACAGAAGCAUAGAAUCACUUAAAUUGGAAAAGACCUUUAUGAUCAUUGAGCCCAACUGUUAGCCAUACUUGCACUGCAGGGUAAGGAAAUACAUAUUAACACAAAAUACAUAACUUUAUAGGAACAUAUAUAUAUAUAUGCAACAUACAUUUUAUAUUUUUAAUGAACUGUGAGAUAAAUAUUAAUAAAUGUCUAUGGAAAUAUAU